AUGGUUUCAAAUGUAAAUCCAUCGCAAUCAAAGCCGAAGUUGAUCGAAGAGGAAAUCAAAGAUGGCGCGAAAUCAAAAAAAGAUCAUGAUAGCAUUCGAGCAGAAAUUCAAAAUCCUUUGGCAACUCCAAUUCCAUUGCAAGCAUCAUUUGGCCUUGGAAGAAACCCGGUUAGAAACAAAACUUCAACCAUUUCAAAUGCCUCCACGCCUAUUUCACUUCCCUCUGGAAUCGGAUGGUGA